UUUUAGCCCAAUCGAGCUGGAACCUGCCCGUGUGCGUCGCUAGAUUGAAUCUGGUUGAUGACAUACCGCAAGACCGCGUAGUCAUUCUCAAUCUACGUCGACCACAUUAUUUAUCAGUUCUCUUCUCUCCCUGGUUUGCACAGAAAUUGGGUGUAGUCCGUCAUCCUAGAAGCAGUGGCCUCUCCCAAAGAGAGUGUAGAAGUAUUGAGGAAAGCCGGUUUUCGAAAGCUAGUGAUCAUGGUAGAAGCCGGAGUCCCUCUCCACUGCCAAACACUCUUGAGAAGUGACGCGCAGGAUUGUCUGCGCAAGUAGGUUGGCAACAAGGUGGAGCAGAGAAGAAUCUCUCAUGGGAAAGCGAUGUUUGCAGAGCGCUGAGUAGCAGUUAACCAUGACAUUUAACCCUGGUGGUUUGACGUGUCUGAGGAAAUGCAUUGGCCAGAAGCGUGCGGAGAGAGCCUGAGUUCUUCACUCUACAUCAAUAUUGCAGGAGCUUCGUUGUAGGUCAAGUUCGCCGUCCAUUGCGCCACAAAGAAGAAAAGAUGCCUUGUCUCUGUGGACGCCCCCGUUUCCGUAUUUAAAAAAUGAGAAGUUCUAGGGUAAUUGAGCGAAUUAGUGCAGGGAUCUUGCCCGAACGCCCCCCCCCUCUCCCCCGCCAAGGUGUCGAAUCGAGCUGUUGGGAUAUGCCGGUUCAUCUUGCAUGCUAGCUCCUACGUGAGUUGGUCCUUUCCAAAGGAUUUGUAAGAGGCAACAGCUGACGCAAAGGACGAACAAGAAGGCGGGUGUUUCCAUAAAGAGGCGGGCAAGUGGUACGGCAGUUUUACGCAGUUAUUCUCUGGUUUCUUGGCAUGUUCACGCUGCCUCGGACAUGGAGUACGCCACGACACCGAGACUUACCUUCGUGGCAUUCGCCAACCAGGACCGUAGCGCCGUAUGCAGAGAACAGCAUGCCCUGCGUGAGAAAAGAAACGCUGCGGGAGCGAAACAAAGGUUCUCUCGCAGCGAUACCAUUUCUCACAUCUCUGGCUACAGUGCAGGGGAACAUCACGAUUCUCAACCAACGAAACGUCACCCGAUGGCCACAAAGAACACAAGGGAGCUCGGAGACGGUCACACAGAUUUCCACACCGACAAUAGAGGUUCGAGGACGCCAGCAGUCUCUCAAAGAUGCUCUUGGUCAUUGCAAGCUUCUGGGAACCAUGGCAACACGACGAGCAGCGAAUCCACCACUUUUUCCGAUAGCCCUGCGAGUCGGUCGAUCGAAGACGCAGGGAGUCAGGCUGCUCUCAGACAAAGUCGCGCUGGUUGUCAUGGGCUCUCGGUAACUGUCCCACAGGCGCAUCAGCUCUGUCAUUUUCGUGGCUGAUUUCUAGUCAGAUUCUCCCCUAUCACGAGAAGUGGCACUACGUCAACGAGUUUCGGUUGCUCUCCGGAGGUAUACGUACCACCACAAAGCUCCUUAUGAGUUUUGGUGCCAUUCGCGUGAGCGAAAUGAAGACAAACACUGACGCACACCUGAGACGGAGCAGGCGUUGAGAGUCAACCUCAGGCUACUUUCCAGUUUCCGUUUUUCCUGUGACAUGUGCAAUCCAAGGUUGUCCCAGGACGUGGAAGUUC